UCCGUACACAACUGCGGGGUGCUCAGGGUCCAAGACACUUCGCCCCGGUUUCCUGUCUCUUGGCAAUAAAGCUUCUCUUGUUCUAAAUAACAUCGACAGAAGUCUAGCGUCCACCAAACGGCACCCAAAGCUUGGCAUAUUUAAAGACAUAAAAUCACGACAACGAAAAAAAUACCAUGGAGGAGACAUCGGCAAAACGGCUGUCGACCAACCUCGAGGAUGCCGCGGCCCUGGAAAGGCUCGGCGUCAAGCAGGAGCUCCACCGCAACUUCUCGACCAUCUCCAUGCUAGGACUGGCCUUUGCCAUCCUCAACAGCUGGACCGCGCUGGCGGUGAGCAUGAGCCUUGCGCUUCCCUCGGGCGGGCCUAGUGCUAUCAUCUGGGGUCUCAUCGUCGCGGGCUGCUGCAACCUCUGUCUCGCCGCAUCGCUCGCCGAGUUCCUGUCGGCUUACCCGACCGCCGGCGGCCAGUACCACUGGGCGGCCAUCAUCAGCUGGAAGCGCUACAGUGCGUCCAUCAGCUAUGUGACCGGGUGGAUCAACGUCGCGGCUUGGGUGUGCUUGACGGCAACGGGCAGCCUCUUGGGUAGCCAGCUUAUUGUCGGGCUGAUAUCGCUCUUUCACCCGGCCUACGUCGCGCAGUCGUGGCAUCAGUUCCUCAUCUAUGUCGCGUACGCGCUGGCGGCCUUCUUCAUCAACACCUUCGCCAACCGGCUGCUGCCGCUGUUCACCAAGAGCGCCCUUUUCUGGUCGAUUGGUGGCUUCGCCAUCAUCAGCAUAACCGUUCUGGCCUGCGCCUCGCCAAACUACCAAUCGGGCAAGUUCGUGUACGGCGACUUUAUCAACCGGACCGGCUGGCCCGAUGGCGCGGCAUGGCUCCUGGGGCUGCUGCAGGGCGCGUUUGCCCUCACAGGCUUCGACGCGACGAUCCACAUGAUCGAGGAGAUUCCCAGGCCGCAGGUCCAGGGCCCGAGGAUCAUGAUCAUGACCAUUUGCAUCGGCAUGUUCACGGGCUUCGUCUUCCUCAGCUGCCAGCUCUUUGUGCUGACCGACAUCGACUCGGUCAUCUCGUCCUCGGCCGGCCCUCUGCUCGAGAUCCUGUACCAGGCGACGCAAAACAAGGCCGGCGCCGCGUGCCUGCUCGUCUUCCCGCUCGUCUGCAUGCUCUUCACCACCACCUCCCUGAUGACCACGUCGAGCCGCAUGAGCUACGCGUUCGCGCGCGACCGCGGCCUGCCCCUGAGCCGCAUCAUUGCAAAGGUCCAUCCAACCCUCGACGUGCCCGUGUACGCGCUCGUGUGGACGACCGCCUGGGUCAUCGUGUUCGGCUGCAUCCUGCUGGGCUCGUCAAGUGCCUUUAACGCCAUCACCUCGGCGAGCGUCGUCGCGCUGGGUGUCACGUACGCCAUCCCGCCGGCCAUCAAUUGCCUGCGCGGCCGCAGGAUGCUCCCCGAGACGCGUGUGUUCAAGCUGUCUCCUGCCGUGGGCUGGACGUUGAACGUGAUUGGGAUCUUGUGGACGCUGCUUACUACGGUCUUAUUCGUCUUCCCACCUGACCUGCCAACUGACGCCACCAGCAUGAACUACGCCGUCGUGGCCUUUGGCGUCAUUCUCGUUAUUGCUAUUGUGCAGUGGGUCUUUGACGGGCGCAAGAACUACACCGGCCCGCAUCUUGACGAAACCGCACUUGUAGAGGGACGGGUGGAGGGCAUCACGGGGACAAAAGAGGAAGCACCUGAGGAAACGUCUGCGGAAGCAUCUACGUCGCAUGACGAACUGCAGCGGGAAAAGUAAGGGGUGUAAAGGGGUAUUUGGACAGCACUGGGGUUUCUAUGAUAGACAGUCAAGUCGGCGCUGACACUUCGGAUCUUUAACUGGCUAUGGACGAUACACCGGCGACCCUGGAUGUACGAUUAGCAAACUUGCGAUUCAAGGGAAGGGACUGUUUAAAUAAAUGCUUUCAUCCAA